AUGAGACCGCAGCAAAAUGGAGAUGAUGGCUUCGAUGAGCCCGAGGUCCACCGUAAAAUCUUCAUCGGUGGAUUGAACUAUAGAACUACCGAUGAGUCAUUAAAAGCUCAUUUCGAAAAAUGGGGAGAAAUUGUGGAUGUUGUAGUCAUGAAAGAUCCUAAGACUAAGAGGUCUCGAGGUUUUGGCUUUAUUACUUACUCGAAAGCCCACAUGGUAGACGAUGCACAGAACAAUAGACCGCAUACGAUUGAUACGCGUGUUGUGGAGACAAAGAGAGCUGUAGCCAGACAAGAUAUUAAGAACCCAGAGGCUGGUGCAACAGUUCGAAAGCUUUUCAUUGGUGGCAUAAAAGAUGAUCACACUGAAGAUCAACUUCGUGAAUAUUUCUCUAACUACGGCAAUGUACAAAAUGUUAGCAUAGUAACUGACAAAGCCACCGGCAAGAAGCGCGGUUUUGGAUUCGUAGAAUUCGAUGACUAUGAUCCAGUUGACAAAGUAUGCUUAAAUGCUCCUCAUAAAAUAAAUGGAAAGCAAUUAGAUGUAAAGAAAGCACUUCCAAAGGAUGGCUCUGACCAGAGAGGUGGAGGAGGUGGUAGACAGGGACAGAGGCGAGGAAAUGACAAUUGGGGUAGUUCUGAUGAAAGUUAUCAAGACAAAACAUCUUUUAUGACUACAGGAGGUGGUUAUGGAAACAAUCAAGGUGGGUGGAGUAAUUCUAACCCAUGGGACAACAACCAGGGUGGUUGGGGUGGUAACCAAGGAAGUGGUGGAUAUGGAGGUGGAAACCAAAGAGGUGGUGGUGGGGGCUGGGGUGGAAACCAAGAGUUUGUGGAAACUAUGGGGGAGGCCAAGGAAGAGGAGGAAGGUUUUAAGCAAUGUUUCGUGCUAAGUACACUAGUAGAGCAGACUAUACCGAGC